AUGCAUAAACUCUUCCCUCAGGAUUCAGUUGAAGCCAAAGGCCUGGACAUUUUUGACGAAGUGGCUGCAAAGUCAGAGGAUGCUCUUCAAAUGAAAACAGCAUUUUGCAAUUUGCCUGACUAUGAUCCCUUCGACCCGUCCAUUCUACCGCACAUCAAGACGUGGCCGAGGAUUAACUGUGGGGGAAAACAGCUCCCACUCACUUUUUUGGACGAAAACGAGCUUUUACAAAUUAACACAACAGCUGUUUCGUUGAUCGGAGGCCUGUCCUGCUAUAUACAGGAAAUCAUUCAACUGAAAAAUGACGAAUCCAAGGUCAAACUCGGCCCAGCAAAGAAAAUUACUAAACCUGAGCGCCUCCCUUACGAAUUCAAUUUUUUAAAUUGUGAACUGGAACCUUCUAGAGCCCAGAUUUAUGCAACUGGGUAUGCGAAAGUCAAAGAAGUGCCGAAAAUCAAGCCAAAGAGAGGAAAGGCAGCGUCUAAUGAUAGUAAUGUUAACGUUCUAAUUUUCGUGCUCGACUCUACAUCCAGGCUGAAUUUCAUCCGACAAUUGCCAAAGUCAAGCAAGUUUAUCAACGAACGCGCCAAGGGCAUUGUAUUGGAAGGUCUCACAAAGGUGGGGGACAACACCUAUCCAAACAUGCUGGCCUUACUCAGCGGCUACUCUGAUGGUGCAGAAGGCGCUGAUGAAUCCCAAGGACCGUUUAGGCAGGACGCAACAGGGCGUUUUCCAAUUACCUGGAAAUAUUUUUCCGAGCAUGGUUACGUGACGAUGUUUGCAGAGGAUCAACCUGAUGUCGACACGUUUAGUUUCAAAGAGCGUGGUUUUCACGUGCCUCCGACCGACUAUGUCAUGAGACCGUUUUGGCAAGCCAUGGAACAGUUCACCGUGGGUCGCCAGGACUUAAAAUCAGAUAGAAGAUGCUAUGGACACAUUCCCAAGCACGUGUUUCUCUUCAAUUACACGAGGGACUUUGCGGUGAAAAUGCAAAAGGAGGGCCGCGCAUUCUUCUCCCUCACUUUUUCAACUCCUUUAAGUCACAACCGCAUCAACUCUGUUCAGGUAGCUGAUGACGAUUUGCUAAAACUGUUGCAAGACCUUGAGAUGCACAACAUCUUCAACAACACCGUCGUGCUCAUUAUGGGGGACCAUGGCAACAGAAUUGGCGAUGCGAGACGCACUGCCAUCGGCAGGGUAGAGGAUCGAAUGCCGAAUCUAGCAAUCAUGAUUCCUCCUUCGCUGGAGCAUUUCCGGCAAGCUCUGGAGGCGAACGCGAAAGUCCUGACGAGCUGGCAUGACGUACGAGAAACGCUGCUCGAUGUGGCCAUGAACAACCUCGAGACGGAAUCCAAAGUGCUCCGCCACGGUUUCAGGGGCUUGUCUCUCUUCAGGCCAAUUCCCAGCAACAGAACCUGCUUGGAAAUAGGGAUUCCCAUUGUCUACUGUGUUUGCUGGAUCGAAAAAGAACUUAAUGUUGAUGAAACAGACACGAGAAUAGGUGCAAAUAUAUUUUUAACACUGUUAAAUAAUAUAUUACAAAAAAGAGACAAGGAAAAGCUAUGUACUCGUUUGAAGCUUAAAAAUAUCGAAGGAGCACAAAAACUCUUGCCGACUCAGGCAGUUGGACAGUUUGAUAAUAGCUCGAAAAUAUUAAGAAUCAUGAUUACUGUUAAACCUUCUGACGCACUACUGGAGGGAACUCUAGAAAUCAACGGCAACAAGGCUAGACUGCUUGGAGAUGUUAAUAGGCUGAACGAAUACGGUAAACAGUCCAGAUGCAUCAAUGAUGCUUCCUUAAAACUGUUCUGCUUUUGCCAGAUGUACUAAUUCAAACUCCAAUUAUCUUUCUCGCCAUUUUAUUGUGCAAAUUCAACGGUUGAAAAAAUUUUGUAUUGGUUUUGAAAGAAGUAAGAAACGGACACCACUUUUGGUGGUGCUCAAAGAACACUAAUUAUUUUUUGACAAUUUUGGACUCUUUUGUGUGCAAAAAAUACACCAAUUAAAUUAAGCCCAAUACUCAGAAAUUUGAAAUAUUUUCCAUGCCGUUUGUUAACACCAAUUGUAUAAAUGCCUAAAAGAUGUGAAAGAUUGCGAUUAGUGGAAAAUGAAAACAUUUAAGAGUUAGAGAUUGGAAUUUUAUAAUUUUUGUUCAUCUCUUCCUUCUAUAUUUUGUACCAAUAACAUUAUCUUAUCUCGCAAGAACAAUGUCAACAUCAAGGAGCGUAUUGGGAAUUUCCUUUCAAUUUCAGUAUCAGUUAUAUUGGCGAAGGAUAUAACUUAAAAAUUAGAUUCGUGCAGAAGUAAUAACUCAUUUUUAUCGUUUUUUUAAUUUAAUUCUAAAAUGCAUAAAAUCCACUAUCACAAUUUUAGUUUAAACUUAUAAAUGCAUUAAUUGAAAAUUAUUUGAAUUGUUUGAUGCUUGAUGCAAUACAUAAGCGUUUGUUGACCGAUAAAAACAAUACAUAUUUUGUUCUACAAUUUGCAACAAUAAAAAAUGAAUCCAAAUUUUUCCAAUAUGCUCCAAAAUUUACAUCGCUUGCCCACAUUUUCUUGGCAAAUUUUAAUUCCUCUCGUCGGGAUCUAGGCUAUCGUUUUUUUUACCGCGAUUGACUGAUCCGAUUUUUUUUUAUUUAUUCCAGUUCGUCAAAUCAAUAUGUUAACGCCAUGAAUAAACAGUUGCACGAUCAAAAUUAAAAAAAUUGCAGUACUCAAAAUCUGUAAAUGAAGGGUCACGCCAUCAGUUUUAGUGACUCCAAAUAUCGAAUUUUG